CAACCUGAAGGUUUGGGGUUUCCAACAUAAUUCAGAAUACCAAAUCCACGCAUCAGGCUUUUGUUGUACUGAAAACUGUCCGUGUUGUUUGCAAUAGAGCUUUUUUCUGCUAGAUAACUUUUGCACCAACAAGGAGAAAAGAAGUAAUUAAAAAUAUAUAUGUAUCUUAGCAUCAAGGAAGCAAUGGGCUUAUUUUGAGCAUUUGUAUUCUUAGUGUGAAAUAUUAGUGAAAUUAUACAAACAGCAUAUAAAGAUUCUCAGGCUGUACCAUACUUGGUGUUCACCUUCACUUUGCAGUGGGAAAGCGUGUCCUUGAUGAGACUGAUCCCAGCACUGCUGUCAUCAGUAAGGAGAGCUGCAAGGAGCAGACAAUGUCUUAACGUUUUUAGCCCCCUUUUUUCUUCUCUGUAAGAUGCUGUUAUGGUCUGGAAGAAACGCAGGCUGCUUCACAUUUUGCACCCUCAUGCUCAGACCAAACAAACUCUGAAAACGGGGGAAGCGCCUGCAGCUUUCACUUCUGAGCUGGAGCAAAACAAGGCUGAUGUGCUCAAGGUCACAAAGGAAGCCGGUGGCUGAGCUGGAUAUGGGAAAUCAGCUUUCCUGCACUGUGGGCUGGAGCUGCAGCCGUCCUCAGUGAGCCUUCCGCACACACCGCUGUACGGAGUUGUGUGGCAGAUACUGCUGGGACAAACAUAACUCACCCUGUGUUCUUGGAAGCAUUUGGCUGUCAGUGUAGCACUCUGGGGCUUUGAAAACUUUCCUUGGGGGGGAGGGCCAUCCAGGCAUGUCUUCAGCCCCUUUGGCUUUCUUCAGCCCCAGAGAGAGCUUUGUGCCUGAGCGGUGAUGCAGAACAUCAGAUGGCCUGCUUGCGGCCUGGGGUUUUUCUUUUUGUGUGUGACUGUUUUCUCUUUUAAAUAUAGAAGAAAGCAGUGCUUCUAAAAAGCAGCAGCUGUAUUUAUUGAGAGUUUUGACACACACCACUAUAGCCCUGCAGUGCCGGAGUAUUGAGUGAAGACGUGGUGCCACUAUGGGUAAAAAAAAAAAAAAAAAGCGGUAAUUAAAUAUGUGCUGUAGAUUAGUUUGUGCUGCUUACAAGUAGGCAGGUAGGUUAAGUUGAAGGCUGUUAGCUUGGGAUUAAUUCCCUUUUGGUUAUAGACCAGGAUAAGCCUUGUGCCUUAUUGCUGAGGGCUGGGAGGGAGGAAAGAUUAACACACGCUGUAUGGAGAGGCUGAGCUGUGUGAGUCAUGUUCCUGUUGGGUUUAAUGUGUGUUUCAGCAGAGCCAGUCCACACAGUCAUAGAAUAGCCCGAGGUGGAAGGACCCGUAGGGAUCAUUGAGUUUUGCUAAGGGUAAAAGGGGUAUUUUCUUUAUUUCCACAUCCACCUGCAGCUGUUUAUAAACAUGUGCUUGUCCAGUAUUUACGCUCAAACAAACCGCUGUAAGUAGCUUUGAGGUUUUGUGCUGCAGGUUGAGAGCAAACUUAGUGCAGCAUGGCACUGACCUUUGCCUUUCGAGCAGAGGUAUAUAAAGCAGCCCUGACACGGGGAGUGCUGCUGAUUCAUCAGUGGCAUCGGGUUUGAGGGAUUUGGGGGAGGGAGGGGAGAUGUUUCACGUUUGCAGGUGAUUCUUUUUGGUUUUUAAUAGCUUUUGCUGCGUUCUUUCCAAUCCACCCGCCUACGGCCGAGCUUCUUUCAGCUCCCUUUUGUCGCGGUUGUGGAGCAGAGCAGGUGACGCUGUCAGGUCCGCUCCCUUCGAAGUAGCCGUGAGUCGGUGCGCUGUGAGGCUUCUGCCCGGAACGGCUGCCUAAAGGUCUCCGGACCGGGAAGCGCUCGGAGAUUCUCGCAGGGACGCGCCGGAGCCGCUCAUUGUUCGCCUCCCAUUGUUCCUCCCGGGGCAGUUCCUGCAAAGCAAACGCCGGGGGGGCUUCUGCGAGCCUCAGCGGAACAAAAAGCGGUCGGCGAGCGCAGCUCCAGACAUGACCCGGGUCAGGCUUGAUUUACGGCUUAGUCGAUUUGCGAAGCCGCUGUCAGUUCUGUAAGCGGGAGGCUGCCGGCUGCAUUGAGCAGAAGGGGGAGAUUAGCAUAUUAAUGCGGCGCUCGCUAAUCGCCUCCCCCUUUCCUCCCCUCCCCGCCGAAGGAAGGAAGGGACUGGCAGGGCACUGCCUGCUCGGGGCUGGCCGAGGAUGGAGGCAGCGCCCGUUCUCCCGGCGGCCGCGGGCGGCUGCGGCCCCGCGCCCGAAUUGGCGGCUCCCGGGGGCCGCCGGCAGCACCGGCACUGAGAGCUGAGCCGCCGGAGCCGGGCUGCAGCCCUGCGCGCUGGGUGCAUGCUGCUGCUGCCGGGGGGGGCAGGCCGGCAGGCCCCGCAGCCAGCAGGUGCUGUCUGUAUGGAGAAGAGCGGCUGCAGCCCAUUCCCGAUGUGCUGGGCUAAAGAAUAUGACAGAUACCUAGCAUCUAGCAAAACCAUGGCAGCAGCUUACCUUGAUCCAAACUUGAAUCAUACACCAAGUUCAAGUGCAAAGACGCACCUCGGUACUGGGAUGGAGCGUUCCCCGGGGGCCAUGGAGCGAGUCCUAAAGGUCUUUCACUACUUUGAAACCAGCAGUGAGCCAACGACGUGGGCCAGCAUUAUCCGGCAUGGAGAUGCUACUGAUGUUCGAGGCAUAAUACAGAAGAUUGUGGACAGUCACAAAGUGAAAAAUGUGGCCUGCUAUGGGUUGCGACUCAGUCAUCUGCAGUCUGAGGAGGUUCACUGGCUGCACCUGGACAUGGGAGUAUCCAAUGUGAGAGAGAAAUUUGAACUAGCACAUCCUCCAGAAGAAUGGAAAUACGAACUGAGAAUUCGAUACCUGCCCAAAGGAUUUCUAAACCAGUUCACUGAGGACAAACCAACUUUACAUUUUUUCUAUCAGCAGGUGAAAAAUGACUAUAUGUUAGAAAUAGCAGAUCAAGUGGACCAGGAAAUUGCUUUGAAACUAGGUUGCCUUGAAAUCAGGAGAUCCUACGGAGAGAUGAGAGGCAAUGCAUUAGAAAAGAAAUCCAACUAUGAAGUGCUAGAAAAAGAUGUCGGUUUAAGACGAUUUUUUCCGAAGAGUUUGCUAGAUUCAGUGAAGGCCAAAACACUACGAAAAUUAAUCCAACAAACAUUUCGACAAUUUGCCAACCUCAACAGAGAAGAAAGUAUUCUGAAAUUCUUUGAGAUCCUCUCUCCAGUGUACAGAUUUGACAAGGAAUGCUUCAAAUGUGCUCUUGGUUCAAGCUGGAUUAUUUCAGUGGAGCUGGCAAUUGGCCCAGAGGAAGGAAUCAGCUACCUUACAGACAAGGGUGCAAAUCCAACUCACCUGGCAGAUUUUAAUCAAGUACAAACUAUUCAGUAUUCAAACAGUGAAGACAAGGACAGAAAAGGGAUGUUGCAACUGAAGAUAGCUGGUGCACCUGAGCCUCUGACAGUGACAGCACCAUCCUUAACCAUUGCAGAGAAUAUGGCUGACUUGAUAGACGGAUAUUGCCGACUGGUGAAUGGAGCCACGCAAUCUUUUAUUAUCAGGCCACAGAAAGAAGGUGAAAGAGCUUUACCAUCAAUACCAAAGCUGGCCAACAAUGAGAAGCAAGGAGUAAGGUCUCACACAGUCUCUGUAUCAGAAACAGAUGACUAUGCAGAGAUUAUAGAUGAAGAAGAUACUUAUACAAUGCCAUCAAAAAGCUAUGGAAUAGAUGAAGCCAGAGAUUAUGAAAUUCAAAGGGAGAGAAUUGAACUGGGGCGCUGCAUUGGUGAAGGACAAUUUGGAGAUGUGCACCAAGGAAUUUACAUGAGUCCGGAAAAUCCAGCUAUGGCUGUAGCAAUCAAAACGUGUAAAAACUGCACCUCAGACAGCGUUAGAGAAAAGUUCCUACAAGAAGCCUUAACAAUGCGUCAGUUUGAUCAUCCUCACAUUGUGAAGCUCAUUGGAGUUAUUACAGAAAACCCAGUGUGGAUAAUCAUGGAGCUCUGUACGCUUGGAGAGUUGAGAUCAUUUUUGCAAGUAAGAAAAUUCAGCUUGGACCUGGCCUCCCUGAUCCUCUACGCUUACCAGCUUAGCACAGCACUUGCUUACUUAGAGAGCAAAAGAUUUGUACAUAGAGAUAUUGCUGCUAGAAACGUGCUGGUAUCUGCCACUGACUGUGUGAAACUGGGUGACUUUGGCUUAUCCCGAUACAUGGAAGACAGUACUUACUAUAAAGCUUCCAAGGGAAAGUUACCUAUCAAAUGGAUGGCUCCAGAGUCAAUCAACUUCCGACGGUUUACCUCAGCAAGUGAUGUGUGGAUGUUUGGUGUGUGCAUGUGGGAGAUCCUGAUGCAUGGGGUAAAGCCCUUCCAGGGAGUGAAAAAUAAUGAUGUUAUUGGUCGGAUUGAGAACGGCGAGCGGCUGCCCAUGCCUCCAAACUGCCCUCCCACCCUCUACAGCCUUAUGACCAAGUGCUGGGCAUACGACCCUAGUAGACGACCCAGAUUUACUGAACUUAAAGCACAACUCAGUACAAUACUGGAGGAGGAGAAGCUGCAGCAAGAAGAACGAAUGAGAAUGGAAUCCAGGCGACAAGUCACAGUGUCCUGGGACUCAGGAGGAUCAGAUGAAGCUCCUCCCAAGCCCAGCAGGCCUGGUUACCCCAGCCCAAGGUCCAGUGAAGGGUUUUAUCCAAGUCCUCAGCAUAUGGUACAGCCAAAUCACUACCAGGUAUCUGGCUACUCUGGUUCUCAUGGGAUACCAGCCAUGGCAGGCAGCAUUUAUCCUGGACAAGCUUCUCUCUUGGAUCAAACAGAUUCCUGGAACCAUCGACCUCAGGAAGUAUCAGUAUGGCAGCCAAACAUGGAGGAUUCAGGCACUUUGGACGUACGAGGAAUGGGGCAGGUUCUACCCACACAUCUCAUGGAGGAGAGAUUAAUACGACAACAACAAGAGAUGGAAGAAGAUCAACGCUGGCUUGAGAAGGAGGAACGAUUCCUGAAACCUGAUGUGCGGCUCUCCAGAGGCAGCAUCGAGCGGGAGGACGGAGGUCUCCAGGGCCCAGCUGGUAACCAGCACAUAUAUCAGCCUGUGGGUAAACCAGAUCAUGCAGCUCCACCAAAGAAGCCCCCUCGCCCUGGAGCCCCCCACUUGGGCAGCCUCGCGAGCCUGAACAGCCCUGUGGACAGCUACAAUGAAGGCGUGAAGCCAUGGAGGAUCAAGCCGCAGGAAAUCAGCCCUCCUCCUACGGCCAACCUGGACCGUUCCAAUGACAAAGUCUAUGAGAAUGUAACCGGGCUGGUGAAAGCUGUCAUAGAGAUGUCCAGUAAAAUACAGCCAGCUCCGCCAGAGGAGUACGUGCCCAUGGUAAAGGAGGUUGGCUUGGCGCUGAGAACCUUGCUAGCAACAGUGGACGAGUCGCUGCCAGUGCUUCCUGCAAGCACCCACAGAGAGAUUGAGAUGGCCCAGAAACUGCUCAACUCUGACCUGGCUGAGCUCAUUAACAAGAUGAAGCUGGCCCAGCAGUAUGUCAUGACCAGCCUGCAGCAGGAGUACAAGAAGCAAAUGCUGACAGCCGCUCACGCUCUGGCUGUGGAUGCCAAGAACUUGCUGGAUGUCAUCGAUCAAGCCAGACUGAAAAUGAUCAGCCAGUCGAGGCCGCACUAAGCACCGAGGGAAGAGUUUCAUCUGUCUGUUGUAGAAUUCUGCUUGCGAAAGGAUUAGUUCACCUUCCACCAGCAGUGAGGAUUAACCCAGUGUGGUCCUGGCUUUCCAGCGCCUCUUGCUUCAGCAGCCCUGACUGACAGCUGUUGGUUCUCUCCCAUUACAAAAGGUUAACCACGUUUUUUUUUCUCACAAAGCCAAGCUGGCCUGGGAUUCAGAAAGCGGCAUCAUCACCGGAUGAAGUUUGUACAGAAGUCCUUGGGAAACGAUGGCUUUGGAGCAGCACGGUUCCAUUGCAUCGGCCGCGCUCAGCCCAGAGCUGCGGUGGAGUUUCGGAGCCGGAACUGUUGGAGCAGCAGAGCGGAGCGAGAUAUUGUGAAGAAUUCUGGGAAACCUCAGGGCUGAGAAUUCUUGCCCACAGUAUAUGAACUAUCCAGACUGGAAUUUUUUUUAUUAGAACACUUACGUCGCAAUAUGCUAAUCACAAUUUACAGAGAAAGAAAAUAAAAAGCUAUAUUUUCAAGACGUCAGUCAUUUCGAGACAAACUAAAGCCCUCUUCAUCUUCCUGCCUUUUACUUUUAUGUGAAUGUGUGACGCCUUUGGUUGGAACUAGCUGUAGGACACAACGGAAAACUCUCUUCUUUUUCACCAGAAUAACGUGCCAGUUCUUUUGUAGCAAUGUUGUUUUCCUUGGAAGCGAAAAUGCUGCUUUGUACCAGAGCAACUCAGAGCUGCACUUAAGAGGAGUCCUGUAACCAUUCAUGUCCCCCAUUUUUAUAUAAUUUAUAAAGACAGAUUAAAGCCAUGUUGAAUAUUUUAAACCCCCUGUAGUUAACUAACCCAUCCUUUUGUCUGUCUUGCCUGGGAGGAGUUACAGUAGAGCAGUGUAAUUAGAUUUUCCUUGGUUUUCCAAUUACGCCAUCUGUUCUGUUAAAAUAAAAACCACACUCCCUUUUUGCUGUUGAGGGAUAUAAAUUAUUCUCAGGAAGAAUAUAAUGAACUGUACAGUUACUUUGACCUAUUAAAAAGGUGUUACCA